AUGGUCACAACCAUCAUCGACUGGCAGUCUGCUAGCAUUGAACCGGCGUUCUGGUAUUGCGACGAGAUACCCGACUUUGCAACAGGGGACGAGAUCCACACUAAAGCUUUCAAUCUCUGCUCUCAAUUCCACACACUUGCUCUCUCCGGACAGAUGAUGGACGAAAACCUCUUUCGGCCGUUUAUCCACAGCUACCAAACGUGGAAGGAUUGUGCUGUAGCCCUUCCUCACGAGUUGCUUGAGACUGCUCAACGUUGGAAACAUUUGGAGUUUGCAGGAGGAUAUCCGUUCAUCUCUCCUUUGUCGAAGGAGCUCGUAGAUCAUGAGAAGAAGUAUAGGCUCUUCGUAGCGGCGCCAAGGUCUCAGGCGGGACCUGUCGGGCUUGCUUCACGCUGCAACUGA